UUUAUUCUCAACAUUUUAUUUCGACUUUUUUCUCGAAAUUUAACAACUUUAAUCUCGAGAUGGUUUUAUUUUUUUAUUAUUGCUUGGCCCUAAUCCUCUUCCGUAGAAACAAGUCCAGAUGCGAGAGAGUUCAGAGAUUCUUGAUGAUUUUUCUAGGAUUGCGCUGAAGCAUUUGUUGGGCUUUUCUGGAUGCUCCACAUUGAACCCAAUGAAGUUAACUUGAAGUUAAAGUAGAAUAGAAAGGAGUUGAGGAGUCAGGCAGUUUUGCCAAGACCGCGGUUUUCCUGUGGAAUUGGGCUACUUUUACGCUGUUCCCGCAAGUUGUUUUUCUUGUCCGCCGUUUGAAUCGACCAAACAUAAUGAGUUAUUUAACACCUGAAAUGUGAAAUUUACCAGUGGGGCCCUGCCAAAAACGCAGAUUUUACUCACUGAAGCGAGAUUUUUACCGUGGUACAUAUCCCCCCCCCCUUUCCGAAAUGCGAUUAGUUGAGGAGCAAUUGGGUGGAUUUUGAUGUGAAAACCUGGAAACCCUGGAGUGGGUGGACAAGUUCACACCCCAUUGGUUGUACACCCCCAUCAUGCUGCCUUCUUGAGCAUCAAGUUAUGCUUUGUCAGAAAUGUCAGCCAUUAGUUGUAGGAAAAAGCUAAGACAUGGACAUUGGCUCUUUAGAGCCCCCUUUUGACUAAAGUCAGUUUUACUGACUGAGUGUCACUGUCCUGCAGAGAUUAAUUCCAUCUCUAAUCAAACACAUCUGCCUGUAUUUUUUAGGCAACCAAGGAGACUUCGUUUAGAUGUGUUGAGAUCUGAUGGUGCUAAAAGAGGAGAUUCAAGAUCUGAAUGAAACUGAAGAGAAACGUCAGUAUGAGAAGCAUGAUUUGACAAGUUGCUCACAGACUGAAAAGUCUUCACCAAAAAGAUCUCAAAAUACAACAAAAAUAAGUUAUUUCACCUGCCAACAGUGUGGGAGGAGCUUCACUCAAAAAGGACAUCUUAAAACUCACAUGAGAAUCCACACUGGAGAGAAGCCUUACACAUGUCAACAGUGUGGAAAGAGCUUCACACACCAAGGAACCCUUUACACCCACAUGAAAGUUCACACUGGAGAGAGCUCUUAUGCCUGCAAAAUCUGUGGAAAAUCCUUGAAUCGAAAAGGAAAUCUUAAGACUCACAUGAGAACUCACACUGGAGAGAAACCUUUCACAUGUGAUCAGUGUGGAAAAUGUUUCACACGUAAAGAAAGCCUUAAUAACCAUGUGAGGAUUCACAUAAAAGAGAGCGGUUGUAUAUGCCAUCAGUGUGGAAUGAGUUUCACAGACAUGAAACAACUAAAGACACAUGUAAUAACUCACGCCGGAGAGAAGCCUUACAUGUGCCAUCACUGUGGAAUGAGUUGUGCAACCAACACAAACCUUAAAGUCCACGUGAGAAUUCAUACGGGAGAGAAGCCCUACAGCUGCCAACAGUGUGGAAAGAGCUUCACUAGAAAAGAGUGUCUUAAAGCCCACAUGAGAGUUCACACCGGAGAGAAGCCUUACUCUUGCAAAGUGUGUGGAAAGAGUUUCACAAAUAAAGGAACCCGUUAUAGCCACAUGAAAGUUCACAACGGAGGGAAGCGUUUCACAUACCUUUAGUGCAAGAAGAGUUUCACACAUCAAACAGAUACGAAAAGUCAUUUGGAAACAUUCUGGCAAGACAUUGCAGUGUUCGAAAUGUAGAAAGAGGUAUUUCUGUCAACAUUUACUCAUGUUGUUCCAAACCUGUAAGACUUUUUCUCAUCUUUGGAACAUAAAUGAAGAUAUUUUUUGAUGAAAUCUGAGAGCUUUCUGUCUCUCCAUUGACUGCUACAUAACUACCACUUUGAUGCUUCAUAAAAGAGAUUGUGAUCCAUAUGAGUUGAGUGGUUUAGUCAAAAUUUUCUGAAGAGACUUCAUUGCUUUAUAUGAUGAACAGCUUGAAUUUAGGCUUUAAUUUAGUGGUCUAUUUCAGCCUUUCCCCUCUGUUUCGUAUUAAACACUGUUCAUGGUCAUCCAGUUUGAAAUGUUGACUACAAACACAAUGGUUUUUCAGAUUGUCUGCUGCGCCGUUCUCUUUGUAUUUACGAUUCAUAGCAGCUUUUAGCUGUUGCUACAAUGCUCUGGAUCCUUUAAACUGAAAGGAACUCACUUUCAGUAAACAUUUACUCUUUGCAUUCUUGCACCCGGGAACAAUAUGAGUCAACACCAUUAUGACUGAAAGUUUGCUAAGAGGUGUUUCCUACUAAAGCAUGGUGGUAUUUUCCAGUUCACAGGAUACUUGAUGUCAGAUUCUUUGGACUUCUUUGGCACAAAACAUUUUACUGAUAUGGGCAUACUUAAAUUAGGUUGUGCUUAACUUACGGGUUGUUAUUUAAGAAGUAUUAUUUUAGUUUUGAUCCAACCCAUAGAUGUGUGUGUGUGUGUGUAGUGCAAAAAGAACAAAUAUGCAUUUCACUUAAAAUAAAGAUCCCCUUUAUUUAUAACCAA